CGGGAGAGGAUGUAAGAGGCGGUCGAAGGGCGAGUAGACGACUCGACGGAAUUUGAGGAUGAAUUUGACCGCUUCAUCCUUUGUGUUUUUCCAUUUGGUUGAUGGAGGAACUUACCUUUGAGAAACGGACGUAAACGCGUGUAUUUACUGUUCCCUGCUUUGGGACUGGCCAGGGCGUGACCAUGACGGGAAGUCGCCAGCGGGAGGAGUUGUUCAAACGGGUUCGAGAUAACACGUCCAGGAGUUUGGUACUCAAAGAUGUCUGUGGUUGGGCAAAGGGCAGCUGAGCGUAUUUUGGGGAAGCAGAUAGUCGAAGAAGCAGCCAUCCAAUGGGAGUCCAAUACGGACCCUGUCAGCAAAGACAUCGUAUCGAAGUGGUGGGAUGAAUACUGCUUACACGACAGGCACAGUGACUUGGCCGAUGAAGACGAAAGCUUCUCAAAGUUUCUACUGCGUAUACUCGGCGAACAUCUCUUCUCUGACUUCACCUCUGCCUUCACUUCGUUACUCUUCAUGACAAGCACCUUCUUCUGGGGAUGGCACACUCUCGGCGUACACGUUCCGGCGAUACUCAACAGAGCUCACUCCUACAUUUUCCGGCCUUUGUUUGACUUCCCGCACGUUCGCUCUCUGAUCGAUUGGUUGGCGAAUGACGUCAUGAACAUAGCGAGCGAGGUGAACGGCAAGGUUGACGGCCUACGCUUGAACUUCCUCAACGAGCUCGAUACACUCGGGUCGCAGCUAUACAGCUCAGCCAUAAGCUUAUUUGGUUCAAGACAUCUUCACGUCGGCUUUGAUUGGCUGUACGAAGCGCAAUGCUCGGUCUUUUGCUACUGCCGUAACAUCGGGUAUAUUCUCUGCUCUGACGUCGUCCAAGCGGUGGUAGGGACGGCGCAGACAGUUGACGAUAACUACUUUGGCUUCUGGGAAACGAUCGGCAGUUCGGUAGGAGGGCUGUGGACCUGGGGUUAUGACUGGGUUUCCGAGUUCUUUGGCACAGAGGCUGCCUCGAAGGCGGCGUAUUUGGAGAGGGCAUUGGGCUGACAAGGAAGAGCGCCGCCAUUUAAUCAUACUAUUCGAUACCCUCAACUCUCCGUAAUUGA